AAAUUGAUAUCUCGUAUGUCGUGACCGCGCGGCUAUGUCGCUCUAUCAGAAACGAUUACGCAAAUCACGCUGGAUUAAUAUUCAUAAGCUGGCCCCUCUUAUUUCGCAGAGAUAAACAAUUCAGAGCACGAAAACAAGAAAAGACGUAAAACAAUGAUGUCGCGAUCGCCGCCUGAUAACUCUUAUCAGUCGACGGUGACUUUUUCAUCAUGCGACCUCCAUCCCCGUGAGCCUCACAUUUCGUUCUCCAUUGGCUCGGCGAAUUUAGCUGAAAGAGGAUACAUCCUACAAUCCGAUCAUCCCAAAUCUCUCUAUAAGAGUUGGAAGGAUUCCAUGAGAAAUGAUUCAGACUAUUAUCAUUGCGCGAAGAAGCGGAAGGGUCGUCGAAUGAAGACGAUACCGAUUGACUUGUGCCAGCAUCAAAGUACAUCACGUUUUCAAAUAAAGUCACGUUUAAAUCACGUUUCAACAGCUGAUAAGCCUGACAUUCUUACGCACGAACAUGCCACGAUAUGCAGUCACCCGAUUGACCUCGAGAAUGUCGAAACGAAGAUAAACGGGGAUUAUCCGAUCUUGAAAUCCUUCCUGGCAGGCUCGUUCUCCGGAACAUUCUCCACGAUCCUCUUUCAACCGCUGGAUCUGGUGAAGACUAGGCUUCAAAGUAGAGUCAAUACCCCCGUCGAAUCGCCGAGAAAUGGAAUGUUGGGCACAGUGGCAAACAUCGUUCAAAAGGAGAAUGUCUUCGGACUCUGGAAGGGUAUGACGCCGUCGAUAACCAGGGUAAUUCCCGGCGUAGGUCUGUACUUCUCGUCACUGCAUUGGCUGAAGCAUGUUUUCAAUCUGGAAGAACCGCUAACGGCCUUGCAGGCGAUCUCCUUAGGCAUCACCGCGCGCUCCAUGUCCGGUGCUCUAUUGAUUCCUAUCACCGUCGUCAAGACGCGAUUCGAGAGCGGCGUUUAUAAAUAUAACGGUAUCAGCGAGGCUCUGAGGUUGAUCUAUAAGCAGGAAGGAGUGAGAGGUUUAUCCAGUGGUCUGGUGCCUACCCUACUACGAGAUGCACCUUACAGUGGUUUAUAUCUUAUGUUUUAUACCCAACUGAAAAGCGUGGCUGCCAGUACAGGAGCGACGGGUGAAUCGCCGAUGCCAGUUCACUUUGGCUGCGGAAUCCUCGCUGGAGUUUUAGCCUCCGUAGUUACGCAACCGCCGGACGUUGUCAAGACAAAGAUGCAAUUGUAUCCGAACGAAUUCAAUGGCAUUUACCAUGCGACGUUCCUUGUCUACAAAAAGUAUGGCGUCCUGGGAUACUUCAAAGGUAUCGUUCCCAGAAUGUUGAGGCGAACUCUGAUGACCACCAUGGCUUGGACCGUAUACGAACAGGUAACGAGACAAAUCGGCUUGAAGUGAACGCGUUAUUGUUGUAUGAAGCUGUUUUGUACCAGAAGAAGAUCGUGCCAUGUACAGUAUUAGUAUACACUGUUUAUAUCUGUUAUUAGUUGGCGCGAGACACAGUGUCUCUGCACCUCGCAUAUUUAUUUUUAAUAAAUGAUAUAUAUAUAUAUUUUUU